CACAGACAGGCCUCUCAGGAGAAACCUGGGGAGAUUCCAUACUGUCAGUCCCUUCUCCAACAUCAGCACGUGGUCCUGACUCCUCCUCAGUGCCCAGCUCUGUAUUGGCAACUAGGAGAGUAGUGAACUUGAACUUGGCCUUGAGGAACAGCUGCCUCUAGGGUCGGAUCAGACAAGAGUACUGGGAGCUGGAGCUCACAGUCAAAGGAGAAAUGAGCAAUCUGCGACCUUUGGAGGAGAAAUACGAUAUGUCAGGUGCCCGCCUGGCCCUCACAUUGUGUGUCACCAAAGCCCGGGAAGGUUCCGAAGAAGACCUGGAUGCCCUGGAGCACAUGUUCCAGCAGCUGAGAUUCAAAAGCACCGUGAAGAGAGACCCCACUGCCCAGCAAUUCCAGGAAGAGCUGGAAAAAUUUCAGCAGGUCAUCGAUUCCUGGGAAGAACCUAUCAGUUGCGCCUUCGUGGUACUCAUGGCUCACGGGAAGGAAGGCCUCCUCAAGGGAGAAGAUGGGGAGAUGGUCAAGCUGGAGAACCUCUUUGAGGCCCUAAACAACAAGAACUGCCAGGCCCUGCGAGCCAAACCCAAGGUGUACAUCAUACAGGCCUGUCGAGGAGAACAAAGGGACUCCGGUGAAAUAGUAGGUGGGGAUGAGAUUGUGAUGGUCACCAAAGACAGUCCCCAAACCAUCCCAACUUACACAGACGCCCUGCACGUCUACUCCACAGUGGAGGGAUACAUCUCCUACCGACAUGAUCAGAAAGGCUCCUGCUUCAUCCAGACCCUGGUUGAUGUGUUCACAAAGAGAAAAGGACAUAUCUUGGAGCUUCUGACAGAGGUGACCCGGCAGAUGGCAGAAGCAGAGCUGGAUCAGGGAGGAGAACCAAGGAAAGUGAACCCUGAAAUCCAAAGCACCCUCCGGAAACGGCUGUAUCUGCAGUAGAAGCAGAAAGACAGGGAGGAGCUUUCCUUCCAUCAUUCCUUCUGUACCACAGAAAUUUAGAGGCAGCUCUUACCAAUUCCCAAGAUCUUCUCUUCCCAAGGAUCAAUGACACCCAGUUUCUUUUUCAUCACACCCCUCAUGCAGGCCCUCCUUUAAUCUGCCCCUGCCCUUCUUAGAGCAAGCCAGCCAAAAUGUAGCACAAGGCAUGGUGCUAACAUUAACAUCAUCUCCCUCAGGCUGGACUUUUAUCUUUAUUAAUGCAACCUAAGAGACCUAAGAGUGCAUUUGCUUAUCCUACUUUCUGUUCCUGUGGUCUUCUUUCUCCCAUGAAGCAGAAACAUGAUAAAACUUAAGAUUUUCCAUGGACAAAUCAAUGCCCACUCAUUCCCUCCUACCCCAGUCCAACCUCUGCUGGCUCCUGCAUCUCACUUGGAGAUAAAACCUCCUCCUGAGGUCAAUGCAUUCCCAACCUCCAGUUCCCUCCUUCACUCUAGUGAUUUAGUAAGAACCAUUCUCUCCCAAACCACUCCUCCUUGGCUAGCAAGUUGGUAUCUUUACUCCGUUCUCUUCCUAGCUCAUGGCCUCUCUCUGGAUAAUGAAGUGUCUCUUCCUUUCUGGAUCUCUUCCUCCUCACACUCCUCCCCCUGAGACCCUGGACUCUGCCCUCUCUCCAAGAAAAUCCAUCCACUCAUCUAUUCUUGCAGUCAACUACUCUGAAUGAGAGCAUGCUGGAGCUAUGUCAAAUUCCCUGUUGUCACCUUGCUAUUUUGCAGACAACAUAAUAUUUAACCUCUCAUAACCAGAGAGGUUCAAUAAUUUGUCAAACGCAACACAGUAAGACAGAGACAAGGACAAGGUUUGACUUCCAGUCCAACCUCCUUUCCGCGACAUGCUAAGUCUUGAUGCAUCUGAAAUCUUUUUUAAUUAGUGAAGAUGCCUAAUAAAAAUUUUCCCUACCUCCAAGGUAGUAGCCUUCUGGAAGUUUCUAGAAAUUCUCAAUAACCACCAGCUAAGGUUACCUCCAGGUAACUUUGUUGCACCAGGCUGGAAGUCAGACCGGCUUCACUAUCUUCCCAAUCUGUAUCUCCCCAUCCCCAGCCCUGGCCUUUCCAGCUCAGAUAACCUGUGGGUACCUCCAGUGUCACUGAAAACUCAGAGCUAAAGAUGAACCUUUUCUUCCUGGUUACUCCUCCAAGCAUUCCUGGUAUCCUCAACCUCAGAUUCCAGGUUGCUAUUUCUGCAGUUAAUCUAUGACCUCUCCCUUCUUGCAUCCUUCAUAUGCCACCAGACACCACACCCAGUCCAGCUUGGUUUUGAAACAACUUUCAUGCCUGUCUUCUCUUCCCUGACAUGUUACUGUCCAGGCUCAAGCCUUUAUCUUCUCUUAACUGCGUCUUUGCAACCAACUUCCUCCCUUGCCUCUCGCUUUUCCAUCUCACUUUCCAUGUGUCCUCCAUAUCAUCUAUAACAGUGAUCUCCCUGGAACACUCAAGAAGACACAACAUACCCUAUUACUUAAAGACCAGGGGUCUGGGUUCAGUGGCUCAUACCUGUAAUCCCAACACUUUGGGAGUCUGAAGUGGGAGAAUCACUUGAGGCGAGGAGUUAGAGACCAGCCUGGGCAACACAGCAAG